UCGGAAUUAAGAGGACGUUUCACCCGGACGAAUUAUCAGACGCUCUGGUUUCCUGUGUCAACUAAACUACAACUUGACAUUGGUCGCGAUAAUUAUAAUUAAAUAUGGCUUCGCUGACUUUAAAUUCGAUAAAACAAAUAAUGAGAACAAUGACAAACGCUACAUGCUUCGAUAGAGUGCUGAGCAAGGUGGACGUUGUGUCUGCCAGUCCAGGGAAGGUGGUGUGUGAGAUGCGGGUAGAGGAGGAACACACUAACCAUGGAGGGACGCUGCACGGUGGCCUGACAGCCACUCUGGUCGAUGUUAUCUCCACGGUGGCGAUCAUGUACAGUGAUAGAGGAGCACCGGGCGUUAGUGUAGACAUGAACAUCACAUAUAUGAAUGCUGCCAAGAUCGGAGAGGAUGUACUAAUUACAGCUCAGGUCCUAAAGCAAGGACGGACAUUGGCAUUCGCUACUGUAGACCUCACCAACAAGGCCACUGGGAAGCCCAUUGCUCAAGGCAGACACACUAAGCACCUCGGCAGCAGCUAAACUGGCUCUAAUCUGUGCCUAGUAAUAACAUGUUUGUGCAAUUUAAUAUCUAAUCCAGCCUGUCUGUAAAUAGCUGAAAACACCAAGUGUAAUAAAACAACAGAAGUGGUUGACUCAACUCCAAAAUGA